AUGAUUGGAAAAUCAUUGAGACGCUUUAGCCCUGCUUGGUUUGAUCAGUAUGGUAAUUGGCUUGAAUAUAGCGUAUCGACAGACAGAGCUUAUUGCUUGUGUUGUUACUUGUUUAGAGAUGAUAUACAUAAACAAGGCGGGAAUGAUACGUUUGUGACGGAAGGUUUUUCUAGUUGGAAUAAGUCUGAAAGAUUAGCUUCUCAUGUGGGUGGUAUGAAUAGCUUUCACAAUAUUGCUGUUAAGAUGUGUGAUUCUUUGAUGAAAUAUUUAUUGCGACAAGGAAUACCAUUUCGUGCUCAUGAUGAAUCAGAAGAUUCUGGUAAUAAAGGAAACUUUUUGGAACUUAUAAGAUACACGGCAGACCAGAAUGAAGCAGUACUUGUGAAAUCUAUUAUCGAAGAAGUUGAUCAUGGAAUUUUUGGUCUAUUGGUGGAUGAAUCUGCUGAUAUUUCUCACAAAGAACAAAUGGCUGUUGUGUUACGUUUUGUCGAUAAGAAUGGAACAAUCAAAGAAAGAUUUAUUGGUGUGGUUCAUGUAAAAGAAACUUCUUCUCUGACAUUCAAGCUAGCUAUUGAUGAUUUGUUUGCUAAGUAUGGAUUGAGCUUGAAAAAUAUAAGGGGUCAAGGUUAUGAUGGAGCGAUUGGAGCUUCUUGCAAACGACAAGAUGUGGUUAAAGAAAAAUACCGUGAAGAAGUUAAAAAAGGAAUUAGCAGUGGUGAAAUUAGCACUGGAAAAGGGAAGAAUCAAGAGCGUUCUCUUCCAAGGCCAUCAAACACUCGCUGGGGUUCUCAUCAUAAGACAUUAGUGCGUUUGGUCGAGUUGUUUUCGAUUCUCCAAGAGUUCAAUGAUCGUUUUACUGAGGUAAACACUCAACUCCUUAUUUGUAUGGCUUUCUUAAGUCCUACAAAUUCGUUCAAGUUGUUUGACAAAGAGAAGCUGAUGAAAUUGGUUGAGUUUUAUCCCGAUGAUUUUAGUUUUUUUGAGCGUUCUUCUCUUGAGCAGCAACUUGACAUAUACAUUGAUAAUAUAAGAGAGGAUGGUCGAUUUCAUAACUUGGAGAGUCUUGGAGAUCUUUCUCGUUUGAUGGUGGAAACGCGGAAACAUCUUGUACAUCCUUUAGUUUACAGACUUUUGAAGUUAGCAUUAACUUUACCAGUUGCUACGGCAACUGUCGAGAGAUGUUUUUCUGCAAUGAAGUUUGUGAAGACAGCGUCGCGCAAACGAAUUGGAGAUCAAUUUUUAAGUGAUUGUCUUGUUUGCUUUAUUGAGAAGGAUUUGUUUGCAUCGGUAACAAAUGAAACAGUGGUGAAAAAGUUUCAAAGCAUGGCUGAACGUAGAGUAUGUUUGUAA